AAGCACUUGUCUGUUUGUACAUCCGGUUUAUUUAAAAAUUAACAAAAUUUGUAGUUUUUUCUUCUUUAUAGUAGAAUUAGACUCAACGAAGGAGACCAAAAAGUAAGAUGACCUUCCAAUACCCUCAGGCACGGCGUGAUGAAACGGUUGUUGAAGAUUACCAUGGAACAAAGGUACAAGACCCAUACCGCUGGCUGGAGGAUCCUGAUUCUGAAGAGACAAAGAAAUUUGUUGAUGAUCAAAAUGAUGUUACCGUGCCAUUUAUUAAGCAAUGUUCAUUGAGUGGUAAAUUAAAUGAGAGUAUCAAGGCAUUAUGGGACUAUCCGAAAUACUCAUGUACAUCUAAACAUGGCGAUCGCUAUUUCUACUACCACAAUUCAGGUCUACAGAACCAAAGCGUGCUCUAUGUGCAAGACUCCCUUGAUGGUGAGCCUCGGGAGUUCCUUGAUCCCAACAAGCUCAGCGAGGAUGGAACAAUCUCACUCAGUGGUACAGCUUUCUCAGAGAAUGGCGAUUACUUUGCAUAUGGUUUAAGUGAGAGUGGAUCAGAUUGGGUUACUAUAAAGUUCAAGGAAGUUGCCUCUGGCAAGGAUCUCCCAGAUGUACUCAAGAGAGUAAAGUUCUCCAGCAUGGCCUGGACGCAUGACCAUAAGGGCAUUUUCUACAAUUGUUACCCAGAGACUGUACAGGAAGGCAAAAGUGAUGGAACGGAGACAACCACAAAUGUGAACCAGAAACUGUUCUAUCAUCGUCUUGGAGAGGACCAAUCAAAAGAUACUUUAUGUGGGGAGUUUCUAGAUCACCCUAAAUGGAUGAUCGGUGUAGAAGUGAGUGACUGUGGCCAGUAUCUGGUGUGCGGUGUAAGGGAGGGUUGCGAUCCAGUCAACAGGCUCUUCUUCUGUGACCUACAUUCCCUAAAAGAUGGCAUCUCAGGGCUCUUACCAUGGGUCAAGGUCGUAGAUAAUUUUGAUGCUGAAUAUGAAUAUAUUACCAAUGAGGGAACAGUGUUUACAUUUAAGACCAAUCUCAACUCACCAAACUACAAGCUCAUUAACAUUGACUUCAGCAAUUACAACAUGGAAUUUUGGAAGGAUCUUGUGGCAGAAGAUAAAGAUGACGUCCUUGAGUGGGCCGGUUGUGUUCACCAAUCAAAAUUGAUCCUCUGCUAUCUGCAUGAUGUCAAGAAUGUCCUCUAUAUGCACAGCUUACAGUCAGGUGAGAGGCUCACUACAUUCCCAUUAGAUGUUGGCAGCAUCGUGGGCUUCUCAGGCAAGAAGAAAAACUCAAUGAUGUUCUACCAGUUUACCUCGUUCCUUACCCCUGGUGUAAUCUAUAUGUGUGAUCUUACUCAGGAAACAUUACAACCCAAAGUGUUCAGAGAGACUCAACUGAAGGACUUUGACUCCAGUCAGUUCCAAACAGACCAGGUCUUCUACCCUAGCAAAGAUGGGACAAAAAUUCCUAUGUUUAUUGUCCAUAAAAAGGGCAUAGAUCUCACUGGUGACCACCCAGUACUGCUGUAUGGCUAUGGAGGUUUCAACAUAUCUAUCACCCCAAGUUUUAGUGUGAGUCGUAUUGUUUUUAUGCGCCACCUGGGUGGAAUCCUGGCUGUCCCCAAUAUAAGGGGAGGAGGAGAGUAUGGACAGAAGUGGCAUGAUGGUGGACGUCUGGCUCGCAAACAGAAUGUAUUUGAUGACUUUCAGACUGCUGCAGAGUACCUGAUCAAAAACAAAUACACAUGUCCAAAAAGGAUAACCAUCAAUGGUGGGUCUAAUGGAGGCCUAUUGGUUGGAGCGUGUGCUAACCAGAGACCAGACCUGUUUGGAUGUGCCAUAGCUCAAGUUGGAGUAAUGGAUAUGUUGAGAUUCCACAAGUUCACAAUAGGGCAUGCUUGGACUACAGACUUUGGGUGCGCAAACAAAAACAAAGAGGAAUUUGAUUGGCUGUAUAAAUACUCUCCACUCCACACAAUAUCAGUCCCAAGUGAUGACACGCAGUACCCUGCCACCUUACUUCUCACUGGUGACCACGAUGACAGAGUCGUACCUCUGCACUCUCUCAAGUUCAUGGCAGAGCUACAGCACAAGUUCAAGGGAUGUACCAAGCAAACUUCUCCAUUGAUGAUACGUGUAGACACCAAGUCAGGACAUGGUGCUGGAAAACCAACAGCUAAAAGAAUUGAGGAGAUCUGUGAUAUCUACAGCUUUAUGGUCCUUAAUAUGAAUCUACAAUGGAAGGAUUAGUAGAAUAGGAAUUGAAUGCUUCUAUACGCACAUCACACAUGACCAUAGAGGGAACCUAUAUCUAAAACAAUACAUACCAGACACUGAAGACACAGACACUUCCAGACAAUGUAUGAGAUAUUGUGAUACAAGUACCAUAGAAUGCCAUGCAGCAGAUAGAAGUAAUUUUUGCAUAAAAAUGACAGGGCUAUCAAUCUACUUGUGACAUCUUUUAAAAAGAGAAUCAUCUAGACUUCAUAUCUAUGUGAAAACAAGACACACAGGGAUAAAUUAAAAUGAAUAUUUAAAAUGGCCGCCAAGUGAUUUACCCAGCAUUCCCAAAACCUAAAGUGUCAUUGGCACUCAUCUGCUCUUGCAUCUGGAAAUUCAUAAUCAAUCUCAAAGGGAAAAAUAGGAAAUAGAAUAUUUUAAUGUGUUUCUAUUUAUAUAUCUAUUUAUUCAGAUUUACAGUUAUUCAUGAUUCAGAUCACUUUGAGGGCAGUGAGCCAUCGACAUGCGAUAUUGUCAUAUCAGUGUAUUCCUUCAGCCAAAUGGUGUUAUUUGAUCAAAAAUUUGUGCCAUACAGUAUAAUAUAUUGUAUGUGGAAAGGUCGGCAUUAUAUGUGCUCACUAAACCUUUUGGAAUUCGCCACUAGAUUAAUGCCCAAUUAGUUAGUUUAUCCAUUGGUGUUAAGAAAUUAAGUUGUCAUAUUUAUGAAGGUAUGAAAUACCUUAAUAUAUCAAGAUGGCCAGUUAGAGGUAUUGGUUCAUCUAUAAACUUGCAAAAAUGAGACACUGAAUGAAUAUGAUGACUCUUAAAACAUUUCACAAAUAACUGAGCAGGAUUUCAGAUAUCAGCAGAAAAAUGAAUACAAAUGUAUUUGCAUGAAAUAUAGUUCUCUUAUUUUUGGUCAUAUUAAAUUAACAUUUGUAUAUUUUACUGUAGUUUGAAUAACUAUUUUGUCUCUUGAUGUAACAAUGCCACACAUGAAAUGAAUGUUGCCAAAAUCUACAAUGAAUGAAUGAACAAUAAAACACUAUUACAUUAAAAUCAUAAUAUUUUCUUGGUUUAUUUUUAGUAAUUGAACAAUAAAUAUGUCUACAAAUCAUAAUUUGAUAGUUAGUUUAUACAACAGUACAUUGUAGCCUGAUACUUCAGGUUUAGGAAUUUGUGGGGGCGAAUUCAAUUUUCUUAUCUCAGUUUUCUACUUUUUACUGCUCGCGCCCCAACACUGAUGCGAUAUGUCAAAACUCUGACAGUCAUUCAUCAGAAUUGGGGAAUCCUGUCUAAUCACAGGAAGAAAAAUCAAAAAUGAUUUUUCAAAUGAUUGUCAGAAACUGCCACUACAUGUAUGCUGUAUUAUGUCUCCCACCUAUAUUAGUACCCGUAAUUUUGUUACAUUUAUU